CAUGAGCCUCCUGAAGCGGAUCCCGCCGCCCGGCGAGGGGGUCCGGCUGCGGCAGCCCGACACCGAGGCCGUGCUGGGAGGGAAGGGCCUGGGCACGGGCAGCCUCUACGUCGCCGAGAGCCGUCUGUCAUGGAUCGAGAACUCCGGCCUCGGCUUCUCGUUGGACUACCCCACUAUAAGCCUCCAUGCCAUCUCCAGGGACCUGAAUAACUAUCCGUGGGAGCACUUGUAUGUGAUGGUGAAUGCAAAAUUUGAAGAAGAAUCGAAAGAGGCCCCCAUGGGCGAUGGAGAGCAGGAGGAGGAAGAAGACAGUGAAGAUGAGCUCGAGCCGAUUUCAGAGUUCAGAUUCAUACCCAGCGACAAAUCAGCCUUGGAAGCCAUGUUCUCUGCCAUGUGCGAAUGCCAAGCCCUGCACCCGGAUCCUGAAGACGAAGACUCCGACAACAACUAUGACGGUGACGAGUAUGACGUGGAGGCCCACGAGAGGGGUCAAGGCGACAUCCCAUCAUUCUACACGUACGAAGAAGGCCUGUCUCGUUUAACUGCUGAAGGUCAGGCUACCUUGGAGAGGCUGGAGGGCAUGCUGGCGCAGUCAAUUAGCACUCAGUACCACAUGGCUGGCGUCCGGACAGAGGAUUCCAUCAGAGAUUUCGAAGAUGGAAUGGAGGUGGACGCGUCGCCAGCCGUCGCUGGGCAGUUUGAAGAUGCGGAUGUUGAUCAUUGAGG